AAUGAUGAAAAUAAUUUAUUGCAAAGAUAUAGAACAUAAAAAUCCUGUCGGAUCACUUUAGAAGGGUUAAAGGAAAUACGACGUUUCUUUUUCUCCAAGCGGACGUCAUACGAAGAGAAAGUGUCCCAGCAGUGAACAUCUUGUCGUGGCUCUGUACUCUUUGUUGGAUGUGUGCUGUGGAUGACAACCGUCCAGCCCGUCGCAGCAGCAGCAGCAGCAGCAGCAGCAGUGUGUUUAUCAUCGCAGCGGCCGAGGGAGAGAAGUGACCCGGAGGAAGGAGACAGAAAGGAUUUUACGGACAGCGACCAAGCAUGGCUACCCAAACCACAGCAUCAUGCACUGGAUCCACUCUGUUGCAGCCAAUCAGCGAAAUUAUCAAUCUCCCUGUUGACCAGGUUAACUUUGUGGCAUGUCAGCUGUUCGCCCUGCUGAUGGCCGUGUGGUUUAGGAUCUACCUCCACCCCAGUAAGACCAGUCCGUUUAUCAGACAUGUGGUGGCCACACUGUUGGGCUUCUACUUGGCUCUUUUCUGCUUUGGCUGGUAUUCCCUCCAUUUCCUGGUGCAGAGUGGUCUGUCCUACAGUGUGAUGGUCUUCGCUGGCCUGGAGCACAUGCACAAGUACUGCUUCAUUGUGACGCUCGGCUAUCUGAUAUUAUGUCAGAUCACACGGGUCUACGUGUUUGACUAUGGCAUGUACUCUGCAGAUUUUACAGGGCCCAUGAUGGUUAUAACACAGAAGAUUACCAGCUUGGCAUUUGAGAUACAUGAUGGUUUGACCAAGCGAGAGGGGCAGCUGACUCCCAGUCAGAAAUACCUUGCUAUCAGGCGGAUGCCGAGUUUGCUGGAGUACUUGAGCUACAAUUGUAACUUCAUGGGCAUCCUGGCAGGGCCCACCUGCUCUUACAACGACUACAUGGCCUUCAUCGAGGGCACAUCCUACCAGCCACGCCACCAGGAGAACGCCAACGCCAACGGCAAGGAGAACGGGAAGUACAAGCAGAGCGAACCCUCAUCCAAGAAUGACGUCAUCUCCAAGCUGUGUACGUGUGCCAUCUCGCUGGCCAUCUAUCUGUCGCUGUGCAAGCUGCUCCCAGUGGAGCACUCCAUAGACGACGACUUUGUCAGCUCCACACCCUUCCAUCUGCAGGUCAUCUACCUUUACGUGGCCAUGCUGGCUCUGAGGCCCAAAUACUACUUUGUCUGGACACUUGCUGAUGCUAUCAACAACGCUGCUGGAUUUGGCUUCAAUGGAUACAACAAAGAUGGCUCCCCACGGUGGGACCUGAUAUCAAAUCUCAGAAUUUUGGACAUUGAGUUUGCCACCAGUUUCAAGAUGUUCCUAGACAACUGGAAUAUCCAGACAGCUCUUUGGCUCAAAAGGGUGUGUUAUGAGCGCUGUCUCAUCAACCCCACGGCUGCCACCUUCCUGCUGUCAGCCAUGUGGCACGGGGUUUACCCUGGCUACUACCUGACCUUCCUCACUGGCAUAGCCAUGACCAUGGCUGCACGUGCAAUAAGGCACAACAUCAGACCAUAUUUCAUGGUUUCUGACUCAUACAAGCGCAUCUAUGAUGUCAUCACGUGGGCGUGGACUCAGGUGGCCAUCAGCUACACAGUGGCACCGUUCGUCCUACUCGCUGUGGGACCCUCGCUCAAAUUCUACAGGUCCUGGUACUUCUGCCUACACCUCCUCUGCCUCCUGGUGGUUCUGGUCCUACCUGUGAAAUCGAGACGCCGGCAGGCCAAAGAGCAGCAGGACGGCCUCCAGAAGGACAGCCUACAGGACAACCAGACAGACCACAACAGCACAGACAACAACUGCAACCAGAAGGACAAGGCCACAUGAGGCUGAGGACGGCAAAGCGCGGUCCCCUUCAGCAGCAGAAACACUGAUCGAACUAGAAACCACUGAGAGCUGGAGUGUGGCGAGUCUGUUUACCCGACAAAGAACCAAAUAUCGAACGCUCUGAGAAUCCUAACAGACAGAAAAACACAAGUCAAUGUUCUGUCAAAACUUCCAGUAGCAAGGAUGACAGCAAUCACAGUUUCUGACACACGGAUAAGAGACCAGGAUGUAACAAUGGCUCACGGUGUAAACUAAUGAGUGAUAGCGGUUACUUUACAUUACAUUAGUGGAAACGAAGACUUCCAAGCUGCCUUAAACCCUCUAUGUACUCGGCUGGUGAACCCAGUUGGAUGGCACGCUGCGAGAACAUAAAUGCAGUUUCACCAUGGCGGUGUCAGGUUAUACAAACAGAUUAGACGUGCAGUAUGUGGAGGGUUUUUGUCAUUGUCUGGAUGCAAGCCUCUAUUAGGUGGAAAACUGAAAAUGUGUUCAUGUAAAAGAAACAUAACCUUUAUCAUCAGCUGCCAAUUUCAAACAGGCCUUAGGAUCCUCAAAACAUUGUUUGAUUUCUAUGUCUUUUUUAAAAAUCUUUAUUGGAGAAGAAUUCACAUUGUACGUGUUUUGUAUUUAGAUGUUUGUGACAACACUAUUUCAAAAUCCAUUCUCAAUGCUUUUUUUUUUUUCUGGGAUGAAUUGACUGUCAAAAAGAGUCCCAAAGAGGAAUUCAGAUCUCGUCCAUCUCCAGCAGUGGAAUGUCUAAAAAAAAGAAAAAGGCACUCAACAAUUACUAAAUGGAUUUCUGUUUCUUUUUAUAUUUUUCAUAUCUGCUGCUUUUCUGACAAACAUGACUCAUCAGAUAAAUGUGUGCUUUCAAAGGGAGUUAAUUUACCCUGUUGUGAUUUCCAUUUUGUUUUUUUCUGACCUGGUUUCAGGGGUGUGAUUUUUUUUUUUUUUUUUUUUAAUUUUAUUAUUUUCAUGUGUUUAUAUUUUUUCACACAACAGGUUUCCUCUGUGUUCAAAUGUCUUGCUUCUGUAAUACAAAUAUCCCAAAAAUAUUUAAUUACUGCAAAUCCUAAAUAAUAAAAAGGAAUAAUUGGGAAAACAGUGGACUAUUAAAAUCACCAUUGAACACUGCAGUUUAAUUAAUCAUAUUAAAUCUUACAAAUAUCAAAUAAAUCUAGUACGUUUAUCACAUUCACUGAAGAAUUGUCAAAAGGUUUUGUAGCCAUAAUAAUAAUAAUGUGAAAUAAAAAGUUUCCGAAAUUGAUGCACAGUGCAUAAAAGCACAUUCAGGCUGCAAACUAUGGACGUGUGCAAUUUGCAUUUGUCUGCGAGGAAAUCUGGGUAUUUAUGUAUGUGACAUAAUAAUAUUGUACAAAACUCAAAGACACAGACCAGCUGUUGUGGUAAAUGGUCUUAUUUCAUAUUGUGUGCACUUAUGUUAGAAUAGAGGAUGUUUCAGGGUGCAUUUACUGUAGGGAGAAGGAGACACUGGUUCCUCACAUUGUUCUGGCUCACCUUAAGCCUUUCAAAUCAUCCAGUUUACUCUUUAUGACACGCAGCAGCUCAAACAGCCGCCCCUGUGAUACAUUUCUGUAUCAUUAGACACUUUUAUGGGUUUAUUCAAGGAACUGUGGUGCAGAGGAGGCAACCUGAAAGGCCCAUCACUGUUGUUUAGACACAUUUUUACGUAUCUAUUAGAGCAAGAAAUAGUCUGGGGGUUUCAAGCCCACAAUAUCAUAGACACUUUGAAGUCGUGCAUUUUUCUUUUCUUCUAAUUGUCAGUAAUUUCAGUUGGUUUGGUGCAUUCGCGUUAUGUAAAAAUAAUAACAAAGCAGCAGAGGUGAGCUUUUUCAUUUCUUUAAGGAUUUCUAACAUUUGCAUAUUCCUGCCAUAACUGUGUGUGUACCAGUAUUCAUGUCGAUGUGGUCUCAUGUGAACUAUCUUUGUAGCCUGGGCCCUGUGUAGGCGAGUGUGGCCCACCGAAGGGAAAGGGAUGUCAUACUACAAACAGCGAUUAUUGCACUGCAUGGCCACCCAAACCAGCAGAUCAAUGCAAACGGCUCCAUAUGUCCAAAGUGCCAAAUCAUGAAAGGCGCGGUUUUUGUUUUUGUUUUGUGUGUGUGUGUGUGUGAGCAUGUGUGGCUGCAUUUGUGUGGGUGUGUGGGUGUGCAAAUGUAUCCAUGUAGUAUGUGUGUGUGUGUGUGUGUGUGUGUGUGUGUGUGUGUGUGUGUGUGUGUGUGUGUGUGUGCGUGCGCCUGUGUAACAUAACGGUUAUUUUUGUGUCAGAAGGAAAUUUAUUGAAAGAUUUGUAUAACAGUACAUUAAAAUUCUGAUUUAUGUGGCAAAAUAAAGAGAAAUUAUUUUUAAACACUAAAACUGAAAACAUAUGUCUAAUUUCUUCGUCCAGUUACGGAUAUUAAUAUAUAAAGUUAUCACAAUUUAAAGCCACCAAAACUUUUGUUAAUUGUGUUUUGAAGUUAUCUGGCUCGCCCCAAAAAAUGGACAGCCACACUGUAGAAACUUUGGUUUGCACCUCAUUGUAAUAAACUGAUCAUUAUA